CAACAAGUCAGAUGUCGUGUCUGAGAUUAAAUGCAUUUAAGCAAUAUUCUCUGCUGAGAAAAACGACGUGAGAGCUCGCCGAGUUUCACUUCUGCCGCUUCCCCCACGCGGCCCCCUGCGAAGGAGAGACAGUCCAAAGUUUGCGCCCCCCCGGUGGGCGGGGCUCCAGGGCGGCGGGGACUGCCAUUGGUGGCUUUGAAGGCGCAGCGGGCGGGAACAGCUGUAAGAAGUGAGGCGGCUGGCGAUGUGAAAGUGCCAAAGAAAUGGAUGAAAUUGUUGCUGAGUUUAUCAAGAGGACCAUCUUGAAAAUCCCAAUGGCUGAGAUGAUGACAAUCCUGAAAGCCUGGGAUUUUUUGUCUGAAAGUCAACUGCAGACCAUAAACUUCCGGAAGAGAAAGGAAUCUCUUGUUCAUGACUUAGUUAUGCUUUGUGAGGAGAAGCAUGCGAAUGUCAAUGAUGCUGCCCUUUUAGACAUUAUUUAUACUCAAUUUCAUCGGCACCAGAAAGUUUGGGAUGUUUUUCAGAUGACUAAAGAACCAGGUGAAGAUAUUGACCUUUUUGAUAUGAAACAAUUCAAAAGUUCAUUUAAGAAAAUUCUUCAGAGAGCAUUAAAAAAUGUAUCAGUCACCUUCAAGGACGCUGAAGAGAAUGCAGUAUGGAUUCGAAUUGCCUGGGGAACACAGUGUAAAAAGCCAAACCAGUACAAACCUACUUACGUGGUGUACUAUUCCCAGACUCCAUAUGCCUUCAUUUCUUCUUCCAGGCUGAGGAGCAGCAUUCCCCUUCUGGGUCAGGCACUGACAGUUGCUAGCAAACACCAUCGGAUUGUGAAAAUGGACUUCAGAAGCCGAUAUCUGGACUCUCUGAAGGCUAUUGUUUUUAAACAGUAUAAUCAGACUUUUGAAACUCACAACGCUACUACACCUCUACAAGAAAGAAACCUUGGGCUAGAUAUAAACUUGGAUUCAAGGAUCAUUCAUGAAAACAUAAUAGAAAAAGACAGAGUACAAAGAGUGACUCAAGAAAUUUUCGGAGACUAUCCUCAACCAAGACUAGAAUUUGCACAGUAUAAGCUUGAAACAAAAUUCAAAAGUGACUUAAAUAGAGGCAUCUUGGCUGAAAGAAAAGAACCUCUCCGGUGCCUGGUAAAGUUCUCUAGCCCGAAUCUUCUGGAAGCAUUGAAAUCCUUAGCACCAGCAGGUAUUGCAGAUGCACCACUUUCUCCGUUGCUCACUUGCAUACCCCAAAAAAGAAUGAAUUAUUUUAAAAUUAAAGAUAAAUAAGACAUA